CGGCUCGACUCUCUCUCGACUCUCUCUCGACUCUCUGGUUCCUAUCCACUACAUCCCAUUCCCAAAUCAACCUCUAUUACCCUUUUUUCUUCAUUGAUUCUCUUUUCUGAUUUUCCUUUUUCUUUUUUUUUGUCCCCCCCCCCCCCCCCCUCUUUUCCCUACGAACGCAAGUAGUCGGAAAAAGAGGAUCCUUUGCUUGCCAUCCCCACCAUUACCCACUUCUCUUUCCAUCUGUCUCUAUAAGCCACUUUCGCCGCCUCGCCCUUCUUCUUUACCCUCUCCCUCUUCCCUUCACCACCCAUCUCGUCUGCCUUUACACCCUAUUUGUUCUUUUUCUUCUAUACGUUGUUGUAAUCACCUGUCUUGUAUCAAUUUCCUCCCCCAUUCUCGCCUCAAAACCCCUCUCUCCUCUCUUUCUUCUCCCCUCUUCCUCGUCCUCUCUUUCUACAUAUAGCCGCUGUUCAUCCAUGUGUGGUUCAGCAUGGAUCUCAACAAGCGGCUCUUUCGCCUCGACAUCGAGAACAAGAACCAAGCACCACCGCUCAAUUUCACCAUGGUCACGACUCCUCCAGACGAGGAUGAAGAUGACGAAUUAAACCACCUGAAACUCCGCGAAGAAUCAUCGAAACCGUCGCAGAUUGAUGUCGCCCAGCGCGCAGACAGCGUCCCAAAUCGGCAGCCGCUCGACCAUACUCUGAGUCGCAUCUAUCGACUCACGCCUACCCCGACCGUAGUGUUGGACGCUUCUUUGCAGGUCGUGGAGGUCUCGGAUUCACAUUUGUCUUUUGCAGGCUUGUCCAGGGAUGUGGUACUUGAAAGCUUCAUCUGCGAUAUCUGUCCCCGUGUCAUUCCAGCCCUCGAUAUCGCUACAUUGUAUGGUGCGCUUCGAGCAGCGAUCACGUCGCGGGACAUUCAAAUGGUCGACAAUAUCCACUUGGACGAACCGAACUCGUACUACUCACUUCGCAUAACACCCAUUUACGAGAAGAGCACUUUACUCUACAUGGUACUCGAAGCGCACUCCAUAGCCAAGAAAUUCUCUCAUCCUACCAAUAACCACCAUUCCUAUGUUAAUGAUACUUACAAGGUGCUGCUGGACACUGUCAAGGAUUACGCCAUCUUCAUGCUGGACACGCGAGGCAACAUCGUGACGUGGAAUUCCGGUGCCGCCAUAUUAAAAGGAUACAGCGCCCGGGACAUUAUCGGGAAGCACUUCUCCACAUUUUACGGGAAGGAAGACCGACUUGCGGACAAGCCGGGAAAGGAACUGGUUGUCUGUCUCCGAGAGGGGAAGGUCGAAGACGAAGGCUGGCGGUACCGGAAAGAUGGAUCGCGAUUUUGGGCCAAUGUUUUGAUCACUCCGAUGUAUGAGUUCGGCCGGCAUAUUGGUUUCACCAAGGUCACGCGUGAUUUGACCGAGCGCAAUGCGGCGGAGGCACGCAUGAUCGCGGCUUUCGAGGAGUCAUCCAAGCUGAAGACCGACUUCUUGGCCAAUAUGAGUCACGAGAUCCGUACACCCAUGAAUGGAAUGCUUCUCGCGCUCACGACACUCAUGGAAGCGGGCUUGACCGAACGUCAGCGUGAGUACGCUGCUAUUAUCGAGGACUCGACUUCGCUUCUAUUGCAGGUCAUCAAUGAUGUCUUGGAUUACUCGAAACUGUCGUCUGGCUCUUUCUCAUUACAUCCUGAUGCGUUCAGUGUCGACAAUGUCACCGGGGCUGUUGUGCGCAAUUGCAAAAGCACUCUGAAGCCGGACGUGGAGCUGAGCAGUUAUAUCGCCCCGGGCUUUCCUUUGCAGGUUGAAGGUGACCCACUGCGGUACCGUCAAGUACUCCAGAAUUUGGUGGGGAAUGCAGUGAAAUUUACCGACAGCGGAUAUGUUAAGAUUUACACCUCUUUCGCUGAAGACAUGGCUGAUCCGACUGUAUUCAACGUCACCACGGAAGUCUUCGACACGGGAGUGGGAGUCCCAGAGGAUGCGCAUAGCUCCCUGUUCACGCCGUUCACUCGCUUUGCUGACUCGAACACGAGAAGAUAUCAGGGCACAGGCCUUGGUUUGUCAAUUUGCAAGAGCUUGGCGGAGCUUAUGGACGGUAGCGUGGGAUUUCGACCGAAUCCCGAAGGCCGUGGCAGUGUGUUCUGGAUGACGACGAAGAUGCGACGGGUGGAUAUCAAGGUACCAUUGAGGACCUUCAGUCCUCUUGUGGAAAACGUCGAGGAUGUCGAAACCAAGAUCCAGGCUCUUGCACCCCAGAAGUACGUGCUGCUUGUUGAGGACAACCUGGUGAACCAAAUGGUCAUGCUCAAGCUUCUCAAGAGCAUGGGCUUUGCGCGGGUUGAUGCUGCAUGGGAUGGGGCGGAAGCAGUACGACUGGUGAAGCAACAACCAUUUGCUUACAACCUAAUCCUCAUGGAUAUCAACAUGCCGAUCCUCGAUGGCGUCGAAGCCACUCAACAGAUCCGGCAAAUGGGCUUGGACGUCCCGAUCAUCGCGCUCACCGGCAACGCGCUCAAGGGAGACGCGGAGAUGUACAUGGCCAAGGGCAUGAGUGAUUACAUUGGAAAGCCGAUCCAUCGCAAACAGCUCACGCGGCUGCUCUGGAAAUGGAUGGGCACCUGAUAGGAUGUCGACAAGUUCACUUUGCUGUUUUUCUGAUCUGAUCUGUUGUCUUUCCCAACAAGCGCGCCGCUAAUCCGACCGCUUUAGACCUGGCACCUGCGAAUAUGCGCGA